AUGGCCGAGGCUGCGAAGGAGCGCGGCAACGCCCUGUACAAGAGCGGGAAGUUCUCCGACGCGGUCGCCGCGUACGAUGAGGCCAUCGCGGCCGACCCCACGAUCGCGUCCGUGCACGCCAACAGAGCCGCCGCGCUCUCGGGGCAGGGGAGGGCGUUCUUCGCGGAGGCGGUUCGAUCGUGCGUGACCGCCGUCGCGCUGGAUCCGUCUUACGCCAGGGCGCGCUCCAGGCUCGGACAGCUGUGCACGAAGAUGGGCGAGCUGGACACCGCGACGACGGCUGCGGAGGAUCUCGCCAGGGCCGACCCCGACAGCGCGGCGGCGAAGGCCCUGACGAGGCUCCUCCGCGCUCUGAGGGACGGAAGGAACGAGGGCAACGCCGCCUUCAAGUCGGGCGAACACGCGAGGGCGAAGGAGGCGUACACCGCGGGCAUCGCCAAGGCGGCCGAGUCGGAUCCCGACCGAGACACAAACAAAGACGCCGAACAGACGACGACGACCGAGACUCUCGCUGAAAGGAUGCCGUGCGCCCUGCUCCUCUGCAACCGAGCCGCGUGCUCGUCCGCGCUCGGCAACCACGCCGACGCCCUCGCCGACGCCGACGCCGCCCUCGCCGCCGAUCCGACCUACGUCAAGGCGAGCCUACGUCGAGCGCACGCUCUCGAGGCGCUGGGCCGAACGGAGGAGGCGGCGGCGGCGUUCGCGGCGAUCCGCGCGGAGCUUCCGGGGGAUCCUAACGUCGCGGACGGCGUGAACCGGUGCGUGCGCGCGACGGGUAAGGCGUCCGACGAACGCGCCGGUCCGAUACACGUCACCGACGGGGCGCAGUACGCGCGGUUAAAGGCGGCGGCGAAGCUGUGCGUGGUGGACUUUACGGCAUCCUGGUGCGGGCCGUGUCGCUCGAUCGCGCCGGUGUUUGAGCGGAUGGCGCUCGCCAACCCGUCCGUGCACUUCCUCAAGGUUGACGUGGACGAGGUGCAGGACGUGGCGGCGUCGGAGAACGUGCGGUCGAUGCCCACGUUUAAGCUGUACAGGUACGGGUCGAAGCUCGAGGAGUUCUCCGGCGCAGACGCCAACCGGUUGCAGGCGUGGCUCACCAGGUAUCUGCCCACCGUGGCGUGAGGAAUCGUCCUGCCUUCAAUUUUAGCGCGUCGUUACAACAUCGUGGCGGUUCGCGUC